UAGGAUUAAAGGCAAUAGACGCCGUGUCCAGCCUUUGUUCUUUUUGUUUUAUUUAUUUACUUAUUGACAGAUAGUAGCUUAGGCUUGUCUAGAGUUUGCAGUCCCCCGUCUCCGUUUUUCUGGAGCUGGAAUUACAGGCAUGUUCCACAUGCCCCUCUUACUUGCUGUUUUUUCCCCUCUAGUGUUAGGGAUUGGUCCUGGGGGCUUGCUCCUCUUGGGGAAGGGCUCUGUCAUGGAGCCACAUCUCCAGCUAUCAUCUCUCCUGGGGGGAGAGGAUGGUUUUCUCCCAUUUAGAUCUCCAAGAGUUCUGACACAGGACUGACUUCUUAACUUAUUAGAAAUAGAGGACCAGAGUGCCCAUGGCCGGUCUCCAUCACCUCCUCAAGGGGCCUCAUUCGUGCUCUUAGUUAGAAGCUCACAGGUCUGCCAGAAUAUAAAUUCCAUGCAGGAGGCACCAGGGGUGCACAGGAGUCUCGUUAUUGUUUAGUUUUGUCCAUUUUACUCUCAGCUUUAUCCACAGCAUUCAGCAUUGGUGUGGUUGUUUGAAUGAGCACGGCUCCCCAGAGACUCAUCUAUUUGGAGGCUUUGUCCCCAGCUGGUGGAACUGUUUGGGAAGGAUAGGGGAGGUGUGGCCUUGUUGCAGGAGGUGUGCCACUGGGGGUGGGCUUUGAGGUUUCCAAAGCCCUCAUUGUUCCUGGUUAGCUAGUGCUUUCUCUGCCUCAUGCCUGUGGAUGAGGUGUGAGCUCUUAGCUAUGCUUCUGUGCAGUGCCUUCCUGCUGCGUCCCUGCCAUGAUAGUCAUAGACUCAUCCUCCGAAACUGUAAGCCCCCAAUAAACUCUUCUAGGAGUUUCCCUGGUCAUGGUGUCUUUGGGAAGGAAUUUAAAAGUAACUAAGGCAAUAGGUUUAUUAUUACUCCCAUUCUAAAGACAAAGAAGAAACCAAAGUUUAUGUAGCUAGGAAAUGACAGAACUGAGACUUUUUGGUUGGUUGGUUGGCUGGCUGCCUGGCUGGCUGGCUGGCUGGUUGGUUGACUGCUUGGUUUCAGUGUUUUGAGCCAGGAACCCAUGUUGCCCAAGGUGGCCUGGAACUCACUAUGUCGCCUCUCCUGAUCCUGACCCAGGUCAGCCUGCUUUCACCUCUCACGUGAUCACAGGCAGGUUGUGCUCCCUCUCCUAGCUCCGCCUUCCUUAAGCUUCAGGAAUCUGUUGGUGGUUUUUUGUAUGUUGUGUUGAAACACGCCCGUUAGUAGCUUCUACAGUGCAAAGGAGGCAUAAGUGGGCACAUCUGUCCUGUGAGCGCUGGAGUGUGGGCAGAUCACAGUGCACAGGUUUUUUCUCACUGGAUCUCUGCAUAUCCAGGCCCCCUCCACCAUGGCCAGCCGGGGUGGGGGCCGGGGCCGUGGCCGGGGCCAGUUGACCUUCAACAUGGAGGCUGUGGGCAUUGGGAAGGGUGAUGCUUUGCCCCCACCCACUCUCCAGCCCUCUCCACUCUUUCCUCCCUUGGAGUUCCACCCAGUGCCUCUGCCAGCAGGAGAGGAGGGGGAGUAUGUCCUGGCACUGAAGCAAGAGCUGCGUGGGGCCAUGAGGCAGCUCCCCUACUUCAUCCGGCCAGCCGUCCCCAAGAGAGAUGUGGAACGUUACUCAGACAAGUAUCAGAUGUCUGGGCCUAUUGACAACGCCAUCGAUUGGAACCCUGAUUGGCGGCGACUCCCCAGCGAGCUCAAAAUUCGAGUGCGGAAAGUACAGAAGGAGCGGACCACCAUUAUCCUUCCCAAGAGGCCCCCUAAGAGCACAGACGAUAAGGAGGAGACGAUACAGAAACUAGAGACGCUAGAGAAGAAGGAGGAGGAAGUGACUUCAGAGGAGGAUGAAGAGAAAGAAGAAGAGGAGGAGAAGGAAGAGGGGGAGGAAGAGGAGUACGAUGAAGAGGAGCAUGAGGAGGAAACUGAUUACAUCAUGUCAUAUUUUGACAAUGGAGAGGACUUUGGAGGGGACAGCGAUGACAAUAUGGAUGAGGCCAUAUACUGAAAAACCUGGGCAUAGACUGAAAACCUGGGCAUAGACUGAAAACCUGGGCACAGACUGAAAACCUGGGCCCAUAUAUCAUUCUUGAUUUGAGAUACAGGAACUAAAUAUCCCUAUUUACUUAGGGGUUUUCCUAUUUUUCUUAUUGACUUUUUUGUUUUGUUUUCUUUUGUUUUGGUUGGUUGGCUUGGUUUGUU